AACUUAGUGAAGCCGGACUAGCGGCGACAACUACACGUCUUGCGAAUUAAAAUCAGUUAUACAAUAUUCUUGGAUUAAGUUUAAAAAUGAAAUUGAUUGUUUUUUUCGUGUUUGUUAUUUCAAAUAUAAGCAACGAUGGUAAGGCGUCGCUGGAGAGUUUUGCGCCAUCGAAUGAUGCGAAUUUUUUGACGGAUACCACCAAAAGUUCAGACAAAUCGUGCCAUCGACCUUGCAAGUUCAACGUGAAACCGCGAAGGUGUUAUUACAAGUUUGACAUAGAGCCUACCUUAGAUAAAAUACCUCUCUCCAUCAACGGACAGACCCCAGGUCCACCCAUACACGUGUGUAUACACGAUAUAAUCGUCGUGGAGGUCAGGAAUAAAAUACCGGACCAAGAUCUGGCGAUACACUGGCAUGGAUUGAAGCAACGUGGGACGCCGUAUAUGGAUGGAGUUCCUAUGAUCACGCAGUGCCCUAUCAGCUAUGGUUCCACCUUCAAAUAUGCGUUCAAGGCGUCUUCGCCUGGGACAUUUUUUUACCAUGCUGAUUCAGUAACUCACCAAAGCGAUGGCGUCUACGGCUCUCUGAUAGUAGACCAACCACAACCGCUAGAACCCCAUUCCUCCCUAUACGACUUCAAUAGGAGGGAAGAACAUACGCUCAUCAUUGGUGCUAGGUUCCCUCAACUACUUUCGGGGACUUUGGAAGACCUCACCAAGGUUUUACCAGAUGGAUUGGUGAUCAAUGGACAAGAUUAUACGAAGAUAUUUGUAAUGCAGUCAUAUGCUUACCGAUUGCGGUUAAUAAACGCAAUAGCCCUGGAAUGCCCUGUACUCAUCAGCAUAGACGAUCAUAUGGUGACUGUUGUCGCAAGUGACGGGAAACCAGUCCAACCUGUUACCACAGGCACUGUGAGGUUAUAUCCAGGUGAACGUAUGGACAUUGUGGUUCGAGCUGAUCAACCGAGUGGUGGAUACUGGCUUCAGGUCAAGGGUGAAAACCAAUGUGAUGGAUUGAAGACUCACUCUAUGUUCCUAUAUCAGGGAUUUAAUUAUACUUCCAUGAUAGAAGAGACGCCGAACACCGAAGUCGAUAAGGACAAUAUUGUCUUUGGACAGAAACUGCUAUCUUACAAAGACAUGACACUUCUGCCAUCCGUGAAGUCGGUUUAUCUUGGUAUUGAUAAACAGAACGUAGAAGUAAAAGAUGCCGAUCUCGAUUUUCGAUAUCUAAGCGAUGUUGUGCCAAAGAAACCAUUCUUUCCUACAGCCUUAUCUCUCAAGGAAGGCGUUGUCCAGAUAAAUGGCAGGAAUUUUCUUUACCCAAACGCCCCAUUGCUGCUGAAGCCCAGGGAAGUAUUCAAGGAUAUUGCCUGCAGCGUCGAAAUACAUAAACAUAAAGAUGUACAAUGUAUGCAAAUUCUAAGAGCAAAUCAGAAUGAACCACUGGAACUGAUAUUAGUAAAUGAUGGUGUCCAUAGCAACGACUCGUAUACAUUUCACAUGCAUGGACUACCCAUGUACGUGGUCGCCACAUGGCAGAGUCCAGCAGGACUGCCUUUAUCAAAAGAGGAGUUUGAGAAACUAGACAAGGGUGGUCAGAUUGAAAGAAAUUUACAAAAUCCACCAAUGAAAGACACAGUAACGGUCCCCAACAAAGGUUUUACGAUAAUCAGAAUAAAUCCAGAUCAUGGUGGCCACUGGCUACUGGAAUGCAGGUCUUGCAGUCUCACGCUGCCUGCUGCAAUUCUUAUCAGUGUUCCUAUAUCGAUACCUAAGACGGUUGUGGAUUCUUUACCUAGCUGUGGAAGCUAUAAGCCCCCGGAUGUGUUGCUCAACUAAGACUGAUCUUCUAAUUCCAUUAACACUGGAGUUGUAAGUGCAACAUGUGGUCCAAAGUUUUAAUAUUACGAACAUAACUUUUCCCUACACACUAGUGAUUCUAUCAGAGAAUUUGUUGUCCAAUCGUUGACCACCAUAAUAAUGAAAUUACAGAUCAAAUUUCGAUUCCUCAAACGCUGUUUCUCCAGCUUCAGCAACAGAUUCAGCAACUAAAUGUUCGUAUUGUUAUACAAAAGGGACUCAUAGAGUUAUAGGCACUUCUAAUUAAUGCCUACAGUCACAAACGUUUUGAUAAUUGUCAAAUAAAACGAUAAGACCAUAAGGAAACUUCUGAGCUUCUGGAAGGAGCUAGGCUGGCUUAAGUAGCCAGGACUUCAUACUACUACUACUACUCCAUAGUGAAAAGUGUACUGAAAGUAGACUUAACUUCGAUUAACGUUCCAGAAAACGGAUCUUAGACUACUAAUAAUGCACUAUUUUAUUUACCUGUUUGAAGUUGAUUUAAUCAAAAGUAUUUCCUGAGAUUUUUAAUGUGAACAA